AUGGGUCGACUGAACCUUGAUGCGUUCGGCUCGGUUGCAUUCGUGUGGAAGACGCUGGGUCUACCACAGGAAGCUCUCAACUCAUUACAUUUACCUUUAGAUGCCAAAUGCCUACCGUCCUCUUUUAAAGUCGACAUUCUCGCACAAUCCACCAUUGCAACGUCUGCAUUGGCGGCAGCUCUACUUUGGUCCGUUCGGAACGCAUCCCCAAUACCUCGGGUCACGGUUCCAGCCGAGCACGCGUGUGUCGAGUUCAAAUCUGAACGACUGUACACUGUCGACGGGAAGUCCGCGUCCCCACCCUGGGAUGCUAUUGGUGGAUUUCACAAAGCAUCUGAUGGAUAUGUGAGGAUACACGAUUCUUUCCCGAAUCAUCAUCAGAACGCACUACAUGUGCUAGGACUUCCACCAAAUGCGACGAAAGAAGAUGUCACUCGAGAAGUUUCGAAAUGGAAAGCUGUGGAAUUGGAGACCGAAGCAUGGCGACGUGGAGCAGUAAUCGCUGCGCUACGAUCUAUCGAUCAAUGGGAGGCUUUACCCCAAGCCAGCGCUAUCACGGAUACCCCUGUUCUCUUCGAGAGAAUUGCACACUGUGAGCCGCAUAUGCCACCGCAGCCAACAACGGAAAUGACGAACAAGUGCCUACACGGUGUUCGCGUUAUCGAGAUGAGCAGAGUUAUAGCCGCACCAGUGGCUGGAAAAACACUAGCUGCGCAUGGGGCCGACGUUAUAUGGAUCACAUCGCCAUCUUUGCCUGAUCUUCCUGAUCUAGAUAUCGACCUGUCGCGCGGUAAGCGCACAGUACAGCUCGAUAUCAAGAAGCCUGAAGAUAAGGCUAAGCUGCUAGAUCUACUCUCCACAGCCGACGUUUUCCUCCAGAGCUAUCGUCCUGGAAGCCUAGCGGCAAAAGGUCUCAGUGCGGCAGAGUUGAUGGAAGCGAACCCAAGACUGAUCGUGGCAAGUCUCAGCGCUUACGGCCCUGAAGGUCCUUGGUCUGAAAACCGUGGGUUUGAUUCACUUGUGCAAACUUGUUCCGGUAUUAAUGUGGCAGAGGCCGAGCACUAUGGCGCUAAUGAGCCGAUGCGCGUCCUGCCCUGUCAAGCAUUCGAUCAUGGAGCUGGUUAUCUUUUGGCGACCGGAAUCAUAGCUGCAUUAUACAAACGCGCCACUGAUGGGGGCGCCUACGAGGUCAGCGUAUCCUUAGCUGCUGUCAUGAAAUAUAUGCGGUCCUUAGGCCGAUACGAUGGCAAAAGUGGAUUCGACCGGAAAGAUUUUCAGAAGCCGGAGGAUGUCAAGCAGUAUCUAGCAUCGCGACACACACAUCUUGGGGUCCUCGAGGCAGUAAGACACUCCGCCUGCAUUGAGGGCCUGUCCGUCGGUUGGGACAUCAUGCCGAAACCAUUGGGUAGUGAUACGGCGGGUUGGCUUUGA